AUGGAAGGCAAGGGUGAGCUGGUAAAGAUUGUCGGUGCCGUACUGCUGCCCCAGGUGGGUGGAUACGUGAAUGGGAAGCUCACACGUAACGAAAUUCCCGGCUGGUACAACCAGCUGAAGUUUCCAUCGUUCCGACCACCGAACUGGCUGUUCGGGCCCGUCUGGCUAUCCCUGUACACCGGUAUGGGGUACGCUUCGUACCUGGUUUGGAAGACGGGCGGCGGCUUCGGUGGUCCGGCACGCAUACCGCUGAUGCUGUACGGUACCCAGCUAGCGCUGAACUGGGCCUGGACUCCCAUCUUUUUCGGGAUGCAUCAACUGAAAUGGAGCGCAGUGGAGAUUGUUGCCCUUACCAGCUCGGUAGCAGCGACCGGAGUUGCUUUUUACAACCUAAAUAAGCUGGCGGGAUAUCUAUUCAUCCCCUACUUUGCCUGGUGCGCGUUUGCCAGCGUGCUCAACUACAGCAUCUACAAGCUGAACACUCCAUCGACGGCAACGAUCGAGGAAGUAACCGACGAAUCGAAGCAAAAAUAG